GCUUGUCGUCAUUGCACCAGUAGCUCGAAGCAUCACAGGUUUUGUUUGCAUCCGAGGUCUAGUUACCGAAAAAAUGCUUCAAAAAACAUUUGCUCCGCGGUGGCCGGCCACACUCCCGCAAUCCGAAUUACUAACUGCUCCUGGCAGCCAUAGGUCCAGCUCGCAACCAGCAUCUCAUCAUAGCCACCCAGAGCAUGUGCGCAUAGUCCAAAUGUUUACUCUUGUUUGCAUUACUCUGCAUCCGUACUAUUCCAAUAUUCUCUUUUGGGAACCUGAUUCAAACCCCCUCAUGUUCCCGGCUCCGAACUCACACUUCACCGCUCUGUUCAACCUCUACUCAUGACUUUCGUCAAUGAGAGGCAGAGCAGGUCUGGGAAACCUCACCCAUAUCUCCAUGGAAACUUCGCCCCAAUCCAUCGCGUACAGCCACUUACUCCCUGUUCUUACACUGGCUCCAUACCAGAAGAGCUCGCUGGCGGAGAGUAUGUCCGCAAUGGCGGAAACCCGGUGACAAAUGAAGAUUUGGGACGAGAUGCACAUUGGUUUGACGGAGAUGGAAUGCUCAGUGGAGUGGCAUUUCGAAAACAAAACGGCGGUUCAAUCCAACCAGAAUUCGUAAACCAAUACAUCCUUACGGAUGCAUACCUGUCGACCGUCACAACCCCUUCACUUCGACUUCCAAUCCUCCCGAGCAUAGCAGCACUUGUCAACCCCGCCUCUUCCUUGUUCCUACUUAUCCUCCGAAUUUUUCGAACCAUGUUCCUGGUCUUUCUCUCAAAUCUGCCAGGCUCGCAGCAAGUCAUCAAGAAGAUCAGUGUGGCCAACACUGGAGUUUUAUACCACGAUGGGCGUGCUCUGGCAACUUGCGAAAGCGGACCGCCAAUACGUGUAUCUCUUCCGGGGCUAGAAACUGUUGGCUGGUUUGAUGGCUGCAAAGCAGAAGGAGAGCCUUCAACAGAAGAAGUUCCGGGAAAUGCUUUUGGCGGAGAGGGCAUUCUCAGUUUCAUGAAAGAGUGGACGACCGCUCAUCCUCGAGUCGACCCAAUCACCAAUGAGCUCAUACUUUUCCAUUCAACUUUUAUCGCACCAUUUGUACAUUAUUCGAUUAUACCCUGUACGCAAAGCUGUUCUUCGUUUAUUCAGCCUCAACGACUUGUCAACCUUGCUGUUCCUGGCAUCAAGUCUGCGAAGAUGAUGCAUGACUUUGGAGUUUCUUUCACACAUACAAUUAUCAUGGAUCUUCCACUCUCCCUGGACCCUAGAAAUCUUGCACGCAACCUCCCAGCCGUCUCCUAUGAUCCUUCUGGGCGGUCGAGGUUCGGUAUCUUUCCAAGGUGGAAUCCAGAAGAUAUUCGGUGGUUCGAGACGAAUCCUUGUUGCAUCUUUCACACAGCCAAUACAUGGGACGAGGCAAUUAUCAAUCCCACCACCAACCAGUCAGAGACGACCGCCAUUAAUAUGCUUGCGUGCCGCCUCACGAGCGCAUCUCUGGUCUUCAGCGCUGGAGAUAUCGCGGCUCCUAUUCCCAAACCCAGCUCUUCCACCACAUACCCAGUUGAAGAGGAGCAAUGUCGACUCUAUUACUACCGUUUCUCCCUCUCAGGCACUGAAAAUACCAUCACCCACCAAUUCGCUCUAACUGCCAUACCCUUCGAAUUUCCCUCACUGCGAGACGACAAAUCGAUGUCUGCAGCACGGUACAUCUAUGGAUGCUCGGUUUCGGACAGUUCAUUCGGAGCUGCUCUCGGCCGUGCCGUCAAAAUCGACUCCUUAGUCAAGGUUGAUGCAGAAGCUCUCCUCCAACGUGGAAACCAUCGUCCUCCGGUCCAUAUAAGCGGCUGUGUGGAUACCCGCAGCGUCUCCGAAAUCCUCGCGUCCACCAACCCAAAUGACCCCAUUAAAAUCUUCAAAUUACCCCAAGGAUUCUAUGCCCAAGAAUCACGCUUCGUGCCACGUCAAAACGGGACCUCAGAAGACGAUGGCUGGAUCCUUUCUUACAUUUUCGACGAGAGUCAGCUGGACGAAUAUGGAAACGCACCACCUUCAGCAAAGAGCGAGUUAUGGAUUAUUGAGGCCAAGGAGAUGAAGGAAGUGGUUUGCAGAGUCAUCCUACCACAGAGAGUUCCGUACGGAUUGCACGGGAACUGGUUUAGUGAGGAGGAAAUCCUGAGCCAGAGACCUGUCGAGAGUAUCCGAUGUCUUCCAGUUCCGAAAGUCAAAGUCCUUGGUGAGGUGGACGAGGAGCCAAGUGCCUGGAUGGAGAUGUGGAUGGGACUUAGGGGGUGGCUUUUGAAUUUGGCUGGAUGAGGUAUAUAUAUUUUUGGACAGCGCAUAAAUAGUUGGAUACCCGCUGCUGACCUUGGACUUGGGUCAGGACGGGCCUGGGUCAAGUGAGAAAGAAGCUCGAGGAAAAAGCUUGUACAUAAAUAUCGCGUCUUGCCAUUGGACGGUGUUGCACUGGGAGCAGGCAUUCCUUUUUCUCUCACUCGCAGCAUACCCAUUUUGUGCCCUUGCAUGACGGAAUGAUUAAUGGACAC